AUGUCCGGGUGGUGGAGCUACAAGUUCUGCUACGGCCAGGACAUCGUCCAGUUCCAUGCCCUACCGAACAACGUCAAGGGAGGCCUUCCCGUUAGAGAUCCGCAUAGCCAGGAAUACGUGUUGGGAAGGGUGCAACAACACCAGCAUCAAUCGCAGCCGAACAAGCGCGAAGGGCAAUGGAAGGGCGAACAGGCCCCUCUUCAACAGCAGGCGAACACGCCGCCCAAUACAGAGCUACAGAUCAAGGGCGACCAGCGAUAUCUAGUACAGCGCAUGGAAAGCGGGACAGUUUGCGACUUGACCGGCCGAGACAGGACGAUUGAAGUGCAGUAUCACUGCAAUCCAGGCUCAAUGGGUGAUCGCAUUGGCUGGAUCAAAGAGAUCACAACAUGCUCCUACCUGAUGCUGGUUCAAACCCCUCGGCUCUGCGAGGACGCCGCUUUCCUGCCCCCUAAGGAGACUAGGGCACACCCUAUCAGCUGCCGACUCAUCAUAGGCUCAGACGAAGAGGCAGCUGCCUGGCACCAGCGUAAGACACUAGAAGCGAGGGAAGCAAUGGGCGUUGGCGACAAGGAGCACCUAGAGGUGGCGCAGGCUGGACAACAAAAACUCGAGAAUGGUGGGCAGAGAACCCCGGCACAGCAGCCAAACCAGUUCAAGGGUAUGCAGGUGGGAGGUGUGAUUAUUGGGAGUGGCCAGCGUAGCAACACCGAAGAUGGACAGCCACUGCCGAAGCUCAAGCCGCCACGCAACUUCGUCUCUGGGAAGAUAUCUGGUGGGCCGCUUGUCGAGGUCCUCGCCCACGCCAAGAGUAAGGCUGAUGGCGGCAAGGUGGAGGUGAUGAGCGAGGAAGAGAUCGAGAAGCUAAACCUCAACCCCGAGGCCAUUGAAGAGUUUCAGCGGGAGUUGCAAAAGCUUGCUGGUGAUAAGGGGUGGAAGUUGGAAGUUGUCGAGGUUCCUGGCGAGAUUCCUGAGAUUCGAGGCGUAGUGGAAACCGAUGAGAAACAAGGCAGCGAUGACAAGGAGAACGAGAAGGUCAAGGAUGGCAAAGAGGGCGAGGGAAGUGAAGAGAAGUUCUUCAAAGAAGAAUUGUAA